ACAUCACUAAACAGUGCGCUGUGAUUGGCUGCUGGAUGGAGAGUUUCUGACUGACUCAGGUGAGAUCAGACCAGAUCAGCUGAAGAUGGAGCUGCUGCAGCUGCUGCUGCAGCUGCUGCUCUGCGUCCUGCUCUGUGUUUCUGCUGAAGUUCAACAUGACAGUUUCCGGGUUAUUGGAUGUUCAGACACGGACGGAUUGGACAUGAUGACGCUGGAUGGGGAAGAGGUUUGGCACGCCGACUUCAUCCAUGAGACAGGAGUUGAUACCCUGCCAUCCAAGUUCUCAGGGCUUUAUGAACAAUCUGUGGGGCAACAACAACUCUGCAAAAAUAACCUGAAGAUUAUCCGUACUGGUCUGAAGGACAUCCCUGAUCCACUUGAUCCUCCAACCAGCCUGCUCUACACUGCUAACAUUGUGGAGCUGGGAGAGAAGAACAUCCUGGUCUGUCACGUCUCUGGUUUCUAUCCGGCUCCGGUCAACGUGUCCUGGACCAAAAACGGUCAGAAAGUGACCGAAGGAACCAGCAUCAACGUUCCCUUUCCCAACCAAGACAACACCUUCACCCAGAUCUCCAGGCUGCAGUUCGUCCCUCAGCUGGGAGACAUCUACAGCUGCUCAGUGGAGCAUCUGGCUCUGGAAGAACCACUGACCAGAAUCUGGGAUGUUGAAGUGCGCGUUCCUCAGCCCGGCGCUGGACCCGCGGUGUUCUGUGGAGUCGGUCUGAUCGUGGGUCUGCUUGGCGUGGCGGUUGGGACCUUCUUCCUCAUUAGGGGGAGAGAGAGCUGAUUGGUCAAGGCUGAUGGGUUUAUGGACCUCUCUCUCCUGCUGUACUGACAACAUUGGAUCAUAACACUGAACGUGUUACCCUAACCCUUUCUCAUUGUGGAUUCAUCAGGAACUUUGACAAGUUCAAUCAAUAUUAAUUCUCCUGGACUCAUAAAGUGGCACUAUGGUGCUGAUCUUUACUAGAAAUAUGAUAGAAAUAUGAUCUGAAGCUCAUAUUCCUCUGGAACGUUUUGUAAUUUCACACUGAUGUUUUCCUAAAGACGGUGAAUUUCUGCUCCUCGGUUUGUUCUGGACAGAACCAACCAAGCUGUCGGACUUUAUUCACUAUUUUGGUAAUUUAGGAAACAUGUACUAAUUAUUCUAUAUUACAUUUUCAGCAGAAUGAAAUGACCCUUCUAUGAAAGGUUAACCUGGACCAGCUUUGUAGUUCUUGGUAAUGUAACUGUUUAAUUAGAAGUAGAGCAGUAGCUACAGCAUCUAUCUUACUGAUUUCUGCGAUGAGGCCAGUUCUGUGUGGGUCACAUCUUUAUCAGUCUUUAGAUUCAUUUCUGACAGAUUUGUGUAGGUCAAUGAGAAAAGAGCAGUUAAUGUCCUUUUCAGACCCGAUCUGACCUCAGUCUACUGCUGACUGAGAUCAGAUACCAGAGUUUUUCCUUUUACCUAACUUUUAAAAAACUUCUUGAGUUUUUAAGUGUCUGUAAAAGGUUAUGCUUUCAUUCCUAUACCAUGCUGGUUUUUAUGGUUGGUGAAUGUGUUUUCUGCUGACUGUAGUAAAGUGACCUCGUCCUUCAGGUGACCUCUGUUCUGCAGGAUUCAGAUUUCCACUCAGGUUUUUAUCACAGGAAUCUCCUCAUGUCUCAACCUGCUGGUGAACAUUUUUCUGCUGGCUGGGUGUUUAAUGCGUGGUCUGAAAUAAAGAUUGUAAACACAAUCUGU